CUAUGCACUAUGUUCGUGUCGAUGCAAAGUGUAAACAGUGCAAAAGACUUCUUUAAGUACGUUGCUCUCGAAUUAUUAGAAGACAAAGUGCCUUUGCUUACCGACGAUUCAACCCCUGAGCUGCUGCAGCAACAAAGCAUCGCACAUUUAAAAAAUAUUGCUCCCUAUGUGUUAAUUUUUGAAAAAUGCGAACACAUCGCCGUGUCUGAGGCAACUACGAGAAACGUCAGUCAUAACCUGCAGAAUGUGCUGCUCACGUUUGUGUUUGACGUCAUAAACCAGUGCCCUGAUGUGAGGAUCUUCAUCGUUUCUCGCACCAAGUUUCAGUUCGCAAGACUGAAUAGAGUAUAUUUUGAACAGAGUUUAAUGCCACUUUGUGUUUCGGACGCAAAAGCCUUAUUGCUUGACACUUUUCCUCACUCCGAUGCAGAAAAUGAAGGUCCAUUUAUAGAUGAUAAUACUUUAACUCAACUUGCAGAACAAUGUGCAAGAUUGCCCCUUGCUCUAAUCAUUGUAGGGAGCAUUCUACGUGAUGGUAAUCUGAGCCCAAGUGAAAUGUUGGACCUCAUGAAGGAAGAACGGCUGAAAGCUCUCAGUGACGAGAGUUUCUCUGACUCUGAGAGAAUAGAUAAAGUGAUUAGAACCCACCUUGCACGACUGACUGACGUUUUCAGACAGCACUUAGCGGCCAUUGGUUAUAUCCCUGGUCAUUUCAGCAAAGAGGCCGUUGCUGCAGUUUUGGGCUUCAAGCAGGAAACUGGUGGCGGUCAAGUCGUGAAAGAACUAUUAAGAGUGUCCAUGAUACAGGAAGAAUCAACAGGAUUGUCCAUGGCACAAAGACACAGGAUGAGAUACGACAUCCAAUCUCUGAGAAGAGAAUACUUGGAAAAGCACGUACCGUUAAAGGAAUUACCUGUGGUGAGGCUCCGUUAUAGUAAGUUUUUCGCAGAUAUUCUUCAGUGUGUUAAUAACCAAAUGCUGUCCAAGAACUCAAUGUUUGCCACUGCCACCAUGGACGUGGUAUGGAAGAACUUGGAGAAGCUGCUCACACAGGCGAUGCAUUGUACUGAAGACAGCUACAAGAGUUUUAUCAAAGUAGCUGUGCUGGCAGAAUACCCUAUCAUCAGUUUCUUCCAAAAAGAAAGCAUUGGUUUCUACGAAGACAUGAUGGAGCAGUCUAGAAUGUUUGACGGUGCUGACCACAGACAUCAUGGACUUAUGCUAUCAGCAUACGCACAGGCAGUGACCAAUAUUGAGGGUGAUAUACAAAAAGGCAUAGAUUAUUAUGAGAAGGCGAGGGUAAUUCUUUCCGUCAAGGGUACUCCUGUAGACAUGGCCUCUCUGUUCCAGCAUCUGGGUUGGAACUACUACAAAUAUGGCCACCUGAAUAAGUCACAGAGGUACCUUCACAAAGCAUACAAACUGGAAGAAGAGGGGGGUAUGCACGCAAGCCUUCUUAUGAGUCAAACCCUUUCGACCCAGGGCCUCGUCUUUUCUAUAAUGGGAGAGAAGGAAAAAGCCAUAAAAUAUUUUGAGGAUACCCUUGACUUACGCAUAUCUAACUUUGGAGAGCAUCAUCCUUCCAUUGGGGCUGUCUACAACAAUAUGGGACUGACAUAUCGCGAGUUGGGAGAGGAUGAUAAUGCACUGAAGAACUUCGAAUGUGGUCUUAGAUGCAAACGUAGAUGCAUGAAACAAGCCAACCUGUCCAUCGUUUACUCUCUAAGUAAUACAGCAAUGCUCUAUGUCAAAAAGGGGAAUUUUGACAGAGCUAUGUCUAUGCUGCAAGAUGCUUUUUCUAUGUGUCAGAAGAUUGGAAAGACGACAGAUAUAGCUCUCAUUUAUGAUGACUUUGGACUUGUUUGUAUGAAGAAAAAAGAGUUUCCUGAAGCUGUGGAUUAUUUUCAGAAAGCUGUUGACAUCCGUAGAGAACAUACACCUAUUCAUUUCACAUUGGUUGAGCACCUGCUUCAUUUAGGACAGGCACAGGCUGAGCAAAUAUACGAGGCAGUGGCUCAGCUAGCUGACCAAGAAAACGUGGCACCAAAUGGACAGACUGUGGUUACUGAAAAUAACAGCAAUAAAUGUGAACAAGCAUUUGAACAUCAUGAUGGGAAUUUGUCCACGAAUGAACAAAACACAAUGCCCAAGGCGACUGGUAGACCACGCCAAGGGGCUCUACGCUGUGAUCAAUAUCGAAAUCUAUAUGAACAAAGUCGGUCCAACUUGCAAGAAGCUGCUGAAUUAACUCCUCAGGUUCAUGAGCAAUUCCCAAAAUCUAAAAUGCCGUUGACAGUAUAUAAGGAACUGGCAAAGCUUUACAGGGUGGCUGGUGAGGUCAAAGGAUCGACGAAAAACGAAAUGUUGGCAAAGAUGGAAGUGACGCGUUUGAAUAGACUUGGUGUACAAGUUGAUGAAGAAUUUUCGGUAGAGGAAGUUUGA